AUGUUGUUGUACGAGUACGUCAACAGCUUGGGCGGCUCGCACACGGUCACAUUAGCGGCCCUGGGCGUGAGCGUCUUGGUCGUUCUAUUCACCAGACUUUUUAGCGAGGGCACGAAGGGGGCCGAAGCUGGCUGCAAGCCUGUGACCCGUGUCAGGCAAUGGGAGCCUUUCUUCGGGCUGGACAUGGUGUAUAGCCAGCUGCAAGCUCUAAAGCGCAACUACUACCUGGAUUGGCUAAGGAAUCUGCACAAGGGCAAGCCGAAGACAUUUGCCAUCACGUUCAUGGGAGUCAAGCAGAUUUGUACCAUUGAGGGUGAAAACCUCAAGGCCAUCCAAGCAACAAACUUCAAGGACUUCGGACUGGAGCCCAUGCGCCGAAAGACCAAAGGUGCGAUGCCAUUUGCCGACAAAGGUAUUAGCACAACAGAUGGAAAGAACUGGGAGUUUGCUCGAUUUCUUGUGAAGCCUUUCUUCUACAGAGAGGUGUACGCUAGCAUUGACCGAAUCGACCCUUACGUCCAGAAAUUUUUCGCCCUUCUGCCAGAGGAAGAUGGCGUUACGUUCGACAUUCAGCCUCUGAUUCAGCGAUGGUUCCUCGACUUGACAAGCGAAUUCAUCUUUGGAAAGACUAUGGAUUCUAUGACCUACCCCGAUCGUGCCAACAUCACUUGGACAAUGCUGGACGUUCUCCGAGGCGGUCGACUUCGUAUUCAAAUGUAUAAGUUCCUCUGGGCCUUUAACUGGAACUGGUGGCUCAAGGCAGUUUACGAAGUCCAUGAUUUCGUCAACGUGCACAUUCGAAGCACAUAUAAGGAGCUCGAAGAGCGCGAACAGCGUAUCAAGGACGGGCUCCCGGUUGGCCCCGAGCGUGUUGAUCUUCUGUGGUACAUGGCCACACACGUAAGGGAUGAAGAGGAACUGAGGUCCCAGCUUUGUUUGGUGUUCGUUCCAAAUAACGACACUACUUCCAUUUUCAUCAGCAACUGCAUCUGGCACCUGGCUCGCGACCCAGAAGCGUGGCAGAAGCUGCGCAAGGAAGUCCUUGACUACGGUGAUCAGCCCAUCACGUUCGAAUCUUUGCGAAGCAUGCCCUAUCUGAAUGGGGUUCUAAAUGAGACACAUCGACUGACCCCCAACAACAUCGUCCAAGUCCGCGCCUGCCUCAACGAUUCGGUCUUGCCUCUAGGAGGCGGUCCUGAUGGCAAAUCGCCAUUAUACGUGAACAAGGGCGACCUUGUAUCGGUUACAAAGACCGUCAUGUACCGUGAUCCAGACGUUUGGGGCCCCGACGUUGACGUGUUCCGACCGGAGCGAUUCUUUGGCCUUCGCGGCAAUUGGAACUUCUUGCCUUUUGGCGGCGGUCCCCGUCGAUGCCCUGCGCAGAUGAUGGUCCAGACCGAGUCAGCCUAUAUGCUGUUCCAGUUAGCAAAGAGGUAUUCGAGCCUCGAGUGUCGUGAUCCUGAGCCAUACACUGCCGUAAUGAGGAUUGGGCCGUCCAAUAUCAACGGCGUAAAGAUUGCUUUUUACAAAUGA